UGAAGUGACGCCAAGUUGGAGCAUUUUGAGGCCGACAAGAAAGGAGUUGUCUAUGAUACAGGUUCAGGUGACGGAAGCCAUGGCUUAUCAAUUAUCGGCUUCUUCUCCCAGUUUCAAUGGCUACUCUUCUGAGACACUCGCUGAGAUAGCCGCCAGAGUUCUGAAUGAGUUUCGGAGCGACCCUCUUUCCGCCUCCGACGACGACCUGCUUUUUGACUCUUGGGAAUCUGUUGAUUGUAGUACCCAAUCUCACGAUGAUGCUCUCAACCACCGACACCCAAACAACGACGACGAGUUUGAGUUCGCUUUGGUUUGUGCUGACCCCAACUCCUCCACUGUAUCUGCCGAUGAUAUUUUCAGCAAUGGCCAGAUCAAGCCCAUGUACCCAAUCUUCGACACCAAUUUGCUGUUCAACCACCCUCACUUUGCUCCACCGAAAGAAGUUGUUGUCGCAGACGCUUUCGUUUCUUCAAUUCCCGCACCAAAUGAAACGGUGCCGGCUCCACGCCAUCGUCGACCUCCUCUGAGGAAGCUCAUGUUCGAGGAGCGAGAAACUUUGUCGGGCUCGUCUACCGCCUCCGAUGCUGAUAAAAGUGACGUCGGAGGCGUCCCUCCGGAGACCUAUUGCGUGUGGAGUCCGAAAUCAGCAUCGGCGGGAAGGACGAACAAGAACAACACAUCGACGGGAUCGUCGUCAAAGAGAUGGGGGCUGAGGGACCUGCUUCUCAGAAGCGGAAGCCAGGGAAGUGGAAGGAAAGAAGCGAUGGUAUUUGUGAGUCAAAGCAAGAGGAGCAGCAAAGUGGCUCACGAGGUGUCAAAGCCGACCUCAGGCGCCGGCACCGGCGCCGGCGGCAAACAGCAAGCGUCGGAUCACAUGAAAAAGGGUACAACAAAGGAAGGUGAACAAACGAAGAAGAAGUCGUUCUUCCCUCAUAGGCAAGAACUGGUUGGAAUAUUUAGUAAUGUGAAUGGAGUUGGUAGGAAUUUGCAUCCAUUCUGAAGCUCAGAAAUUGUAUCCUAUUUCUGCUUCAUCGUUCUUCCAAUUAAACUAGGAACCGAUUAGGUUGGAUUCUGUGUAGAUUGAGAUGAGAUGAUCCAAAUGUGCAUGAUUUUAGUUUAAUGAUUCUUCCCUUGUUCCCCCCCCCC